GGCACACAUGUGCUGUGGCCUAUGGCCCGUCCCAGAGAGUUCUCCGAGCGCAGUCUGCAGGCAUACUUGCAUCCCGCCAGAAGCCCGAUGGUCGUGCAAUCGAUGCUGUACUCAGCCUCCCUCCACUUCAACGCGCUACCAAUGAUACGGGGCGCCACCAAGCGGGCCUCGUUGGACACGGCAGAGCAACUCCGACUCAAAGGAUCCGUCAUGAUCCGCAUCCGGGAGAAGUUGUCGACCGUCACCCAGCACAAUAUCGGUUGCGACUGGGUCGACGACAUCCUGCUGAGUAUCCUGUACCUCGCUGCCAAUGAGAACCUCGACCAGGUCAAGCCACCGGAGACGAGCCCGUUUGUUCCGCCCUUUCGCAGCCUGCAACUCAUGGAGUUCUACGGCAGUUGCGAGUUCCACCCGCUCCACUGGCAGACCGUCCAGCAUAUUGUUCUCGAGCGGGGAGGCCUCGAGACAGUAAAGCUGUACGGACUAGCUUGGCUUAUUUCCAUAUCGGGCUUAAUAGUCGCUAUGAACACACACCGCAGACCCGUCUUUCCCCUCAUAUCCCCCGAGGGGAAACCGUGCUUACACCGCGCCCCCCUGCAAGCCCUCUCCAUCCGCACGCCACCGCGUCACGCUACGCGCCGCAAUUAUGGCUUCCAGCAGCUCGCCCUGCUCUCUCCGCCAGUCAAGGGCAAUCUCAUUCGCGUCUUUCUGGACCUCAACGAGAUCACCCAGGCCCUGCAUGUUCUCAGUAAUCAGAGCUGCGGCGCCACCCUCCUGACGCAGAUAGGCGAUACGCGGGCCAGCGCGCUGCACCAGUUGUGCAGCUUGCCUGAUCACAGAGACCGGGUCAGCGCUAUCUUGCAUAAAAGACCGGAUUGUACGGCUGAGCAGCAGCAGUGGUCGAUCGCCGUGUAUCUUGUAUGUCGUAGUACAGCCCUUCUCUAUGGCGCAAGCGUAAUCCUGCCGCUUCCGAGGAUGUCUCGCUUACGGGCUACGAUGACAAAUGAAAUUUAUGAGAACAUGGUUCGGCUGCAGGGACGCGAAGUGACAAAGCACGAAUGCGAGAUACUUCUAUGGUGUUGCGUGGUGGCGGCGAUCUGUGCGGAUGCUACUCCGUUUAUCAAGGGCUGGUUUGUCGCCAGGAUGAGAGAGCAUUGCCAGGUGCUGAGGAUUGACUCUUGGGAUGAGCUUCUAGAAGUUUUGCAGUCGUUCGCCUGGCUGGACUGUGCGUCUGAUGGGGCCGGGAAGGCAAUUUGGGUGGAAAUGGCUACAUCUAGCAGCGAAUUACCAUGUGAGGAUUAGGUGGAAUGACAACUGAGAUUUGACUUUCAUAAUAAGGUGAGAGUCAUGCGGAG